CCGGGCCGGGGGCGUCUCUCUCGUAGCAUGGGCCCGCGGCGGGCGAGACGCCCCCGGAGAGGAUGAACGCGCCGUCCAGCCCGGUCAAAGCCUACGACUUCCUGCUGAAGUUCCUGCUGGUGGGCGACAGCGACGUGGGCAAGGGGGAGAUCCUGGCCAGCCUGCAAGAUGGAGCCACCGAGUCGCCCUACGGCUACAACAUGGGUAUCGAUUACAAGACCACCACAAUUCUUCUGGAUGGCCGACGGAUAAAACUUCAGCUGUGGGAUACAUCAGGCCAGGGAAGAUUUUGCACAAUAUUUCGCUCCUAUUCCAGAGGUGCUCAGGGGGUGAUUCUGGUGUAUGACAUCGCCAAUCGCUGGUCUUUUGAUGGCAUUGAUCGGUGGAUUAAGGAAAUUGAUGAGCAUGCUCCUGGAGUCCCGAAAAUCCUGGUGGGAAAUCGCCUCCAUUUGGCCUUCAAGCGACAGGUCUCAACCGAGCAAGCGCAAGCCUACGCGGAAAGGCUGGGCAUGACUUUCUUCGAGGUCAGCCCGCUGUGCAACUUUAACAUCACCGAGUCAUUCACGGAGCUGGCGCGGAUCGUGUUGAUGAGGCACGGAAUGGACCGACUGUGGAGGCCUAACAAAGUUCUGAGUUUGCAGGACCUCUGCUGCCGCGCCAUAGUGUCCUGUACCCCAGUGCACCUGGUGGACAAACUCCCUCUGCCAGUCGCCUUAAGAAGCCAUCUCAAGUCCUUCUCCAUGGCCAACGGCCUCAACGCCAGGAUGAUGCAUGGACGCUCCUACUCCCUCACGGCCAGCAACAACAACAAAAGGAACAGCCUCAAGAAAGUUAAAAUCAUCCGCCCGCCUCAGAGCCCACCCAAAAACUGCACCAGAAACAGCUGUAAAAUUUCCUAAAAAACCGUCCCCCACCACAGAGGAUGCUGCGACCUGGCUUCCCAGAUCCCACGAUCCUUUUCCGUGGCUCAUUUCAGGGGCUUGACCGGUCCUUAGAGGAAACCCUCCUUUCGCUUGUUCAUGAUGAUUAUUGAUGCUUACAGUUGAGUUUGACCUGUUCAGUGCCAUAAAAAGCUACAAAACGGUUGAGUUUUUCUAUUUUUGGCUUGGUUGUGCAUGAAGUCUUCAUUUUAGAUUUGUGUCGAGGAAGGGAACCAUUUGCCUUUGUCUGAGAUCUUAAUCGUGAGAAGCCGUGUCACCAAGUUAUUACACUGCAUCCUGCUUCGUCGAGAUAACUUAUUUAUAAGGACGUAGACAUGAGUGGCAGCCAGAGUGCCGAUUUGGUUGGACUUGAGCCCACUGUUGGGUAGGGACUGUCUCUAUAUGUUGCCAACUUGUACUUCCCAAGCGCUUAGUACAGUGUUCUGCACACAGUAAGCGCUCAAUAAGUACGAUUGAUUGAUUGAUUGACUUUUCAAAAUGCAAUGUAUUGUAUACAUUGCUUUAGAAAGACAGGGGAGAGGGAUAAGAUAAGGGUGAAAUUUCAGUAGUGUCUGACUUUUUGUAAAAGUUCUAUUGUAACUUUGAAGCACUAAUUUAAAUACGCUGCAGUUGUGUAUAGAGAGUAUUAUGCACAAUAGAGCUGUCCAAUUUCUGUAUGAGACUGAUUUGAUAAAAAUUUUGCUAUGUUAUUUAAUACUUUGGGGGAUUAAUCUGUGAUUUAUAUGCUUAUUUUUCUGUAAAUCUACAUUUUUUGUACCAGAUGUUCUGCAAGUUACAGAGUUACGGGAAGAAAAUGCCAAAGACAUCUGCGGAAAUGUUGAAUGCCAUCAACAUAUUUGCAAGAGAUCAGAAGAAGAGUAGGCCUGAAACGUUGUUUUAUAGGGAGUGGAGUCAACGCUGUUAUUUACAAAAAUAAAUGUUUCUGAAAAA